AUGGACGAGUUCUCCGGCUCAGAUAGCGGCUACAACAGCGACAGGACAGAUGUCACCAUGACAGAGGAUACGGACAAGUGCUACACGACCGAGAUCGACGAGUGUGGAGAGCCUCUGCGCCAGAACUUGGACGCCGCAAAGCCUAGCGAGUUCGAGGAGGUCAAGCGGCAGUACAAGGCGCUCUGUUAUGAGGACAUCUGUCUCUGGAUCGUACAGAACCCGAAGCGGGGAGAGAGAGACCUGCUGGCCAUGGAGGUCCACUUGCAGAAUCACAAAGGGGUGGAUAACAAGCCCAAACCCACGACCUUCCUCUUCAGAGAGAAUCCCCUUCCUAUCCUUUGCCCGAUCUCCCACAUAUUGACCCGUGCAAUCCGCGACAAUGCGGUCCUUGUCGAUGGCUACACGUCGGCUGAGCCCUUCUUUGCCACGGACCUGGGGAGUCAGAACGUGAAGGCGAUGAAGGUCCAUUAG